GCCAGAUGCCCAGUGAGUAGCUCCUGUUGGCCAAAAGGCUUUUCUAGAGUCCUGUGCUCCGUGAGACAUGGCCACACGUGAUGAUGUCACAUCAGCCAAGUUCCGGGUUCCUGUAGCAGUCUACUGCGGCAGCGUCCCCCGGUCCAGUACCAGCUCUGGAUUCCGCUCCUUCCACGGUCCCAAUAGAAAUGUCAACUCAAGCCUACAGGACUAUGGAGAUCGAUGGACAGGAGAGGCCUCCCCCCAGUCCCUGCUGAAAGUUCAGAUGGAAAAGCAGUCAUCUGUGUGGGGCAGAAAUGGAGACUUGACCAGCCUCAAGACCAGUCUUGCCUCAAAGGCUUGGCAGUCCAGAAAUGGCCAUGUGAAGAAUGCGGAGGCUAAUUCUUCAGUGGCUCCCCCGCUCCUGCCUGCCACUGUCAAGGAAAUGGAAGCCAACAGUGCAGCCUUGGAGACCACCCAAAUCAAGGACAAGCUCAAAAAAAGGAGGCUUUCUGAGGGGUGGUCCGCUUCUCCCCGAGCUUCUUUAGAUCCUGGAGGAGUUACUAAAGGUACUUCCCUGAAGAGUGCCAUGCCCCGCUCUACCUCUCAGAGAUUCCUGACAGUUUCCAGGCCAAUGCCUCCCAUCCAAAGCAUUCCCACCACCCCAGAGGCCAAAGGGUCCUUGGAGAAUGGCUCAGCCCCACAAAGGAUUAGCAAGAGUCGGCUAAGGGCAACUCCAGCUGCCCAAGAGGUACAGAUAUCCCUUCAGUACCUGCAUUGCAAGGAUGAGAAGAUUAGGCGAUCUUUGGGAGGUGCCCUGAUUCCUUCCAUCCCAAAGCCGGGGCAGCCAGCAGAGACCAAGUCAGUAACAUUGCCAGCUGUUGUUAGCAAUUCUAUUCCUCUACCUCCAGGCCAAGAUGUCCUCACUUUCCAGGAGGCCCCUAGAAUAAGAUUGGCACAGGAGAAUAAUUCCCAGGAGAAGACCCCCAAGUCUAUGGAGGCAAAGUCUGUGGUCCCUCCUGCCCAAGUCGGGCCAUCUGGUGGCACAAAGCCUGCUGUCCACUCCUCGCAGACUGCAUCUCCACUGAAGACGCCUUCCCUCAGCCGUGCUAACAAAGAUGAACGGACAAGGACCCAACAAUUGCUGAAAGAGAUGGACCGGCCACAAAGCAACUCCAGGAUUCAAGUGACCAUUUCCAAGUCAGCCCAGGAGAAGAUGCGUCUGAAACAAAUGAAAGAAAUGGAGUUGUUCCAGCGGGGCAGGGAACGAGAGGAGGGGCAGCGAGAGAGAGAUUUUCUGUCCCAGAAUUUGAACUCCAGAAGCAUGAUGAAAGAAGGGCUCAUUUCCCUUCAUGGAUCACCUUCUGUUUCUGCCAAGUUGGGAAGCCCAUGCAGGACCAGCCUUGGAAUUAUUUUGAAGAAACGAGCUAACCGUUCCUCGCUGCCCAGUAUCCCCGUCUCCAGCCAGGGACCCCGCUUUACCCGCCAUGCCUCAGCCAAUUCCCUGCCUGCAGUGUUUACAGUGGGUACUCCGGAAUGGGAGGAAGAAGAAAUCAUAAACAACAACUCCAAAGAGCUGAGGCCCCUUUCAAAUCCAGAACUAGUCCUGAUGAAUGCCCUCCAAUGGCUUGAGAGCAAUGAUUGGCAGAUGAAAGAGAAAGGGCUGGUGAGCAUCAGACGCCUGGCGACCUGUCACUCUGAGGUCCUUGCAGAAAGACUACAUGAUGUUUCCUUGGCAGUUUUGGGGGAGGUUCCCAACCUCCGUUCCAAGGUGUGCCGCCUGGCCAUCAGCACAUUGGGAGACCUUUUCCGUACCAUGAAGAAGAACAUGGACCCAGAAGUUGAGGAGAUUGCCCGAUGUUUGCUGCAAAAGAUGGGGGACACUAAUGAAUUUAUCCACAGAGCUGCUGACCGGUCUCUGGGAGCCAUGGUAGAAAAUGUGACUCCUUCUAAAUCCCUGGCUGCCCUCACAACAGGGGGUGUACAUCACAGAAACCCACUAAUCCGAAAAUGCGCUGCUGAGCACCUGUGCAAUGUCGUAGAGCAGAUCGGGGCUGAUAAACUGCUGUCAGGGACAAGGGAAAGUACGGACAUGCUGAUCCGAACAAUGGUAAAGCUUGCCCAGGACUCCAACAAAGAUACAAGAUUUUGUGGCCGGAAGAUGAUGAACACUUUGAUGUCAAAUGCAAGGUUUGAUGCAUUCCUGAAACAGUCCUUCCCAUCUCAUGACCUGUGUGAUGUGAUGGCAACCAUUAAACAAAAGGGAGUCGAAGAAAACAUAGAACCUCCACCUAUCAAGGGCCGAAAAAUAAAGAACUCAAUAGCCUCUGAGGAAAUCCGGAUUACUGAACAAGGGUGCAGCGCAGAGAUCGAGCCAGUGGUGGUUCAUCGUAGCAACAUACGUAACCCGGAGAUGAUAGAGCAGUUGAAAGAGCUGAGUUCCCUGCUGCAGUCCAAGGAAUACCGGACCCGAAUGGAGGGCAUUACCCUUCUCCUUGCCCACUGCAAGAAUAACCACAAUUUUAUCACCGCCAACCUAACACAGAUCUUCGAUAUUUUCAUCCCGAGGCUGCAGGAUCCCAACAAGAAAGUGAACCAAUGUGCUCUCGAGGUCUUUACAGAAAUGAUCCCUCACCUCAAAGACAACUUGCACCCGGUGCUGGUCUCCGUGGUCACUGUGGUCUCAGAUAACCUCAACUCCAAGAGUUCUGCCAUUUACGGAGCUGCUGUGAUGGCUUUAGACGCUAUGAUUGAGAACAUAGACAACUUUUCCCUGUUACAAGCCUUUGCUGGCCGGCUUUGUUUCCUGAGUGGCCGAGCAAUGUGUGACAUUACUCAACGUCUAUCAGUACUAGUGACUUCAGUCUACUCCCGGAAGCCUCAGAGUGUGGAACGGCACGUCCUCCCUGUUCUCUGGUACUUCUUGAACAACAUGAUUGGGAACGGGGUCCUGCCGGGGCACAGCGGCAAUGUCCGCUCCGUGGUAUGUCAGCUGACCAAGAGCCUCUAUGAGCAAAUGGGGACCCGUCUGCGGGACUGUGCUGCUGGACAGCCAAAGCAAGUCAGCAAGAUGCUCCAGGACAUCUUGGACUCAAACUUUCAAUGAGGCGUAGUAGGGACGGGGGUUGGGGGCCGGGGGAGGAACAAAAGGGCCACUGCCCCCCCACUUUGAGACCAUUGGCAGCUCAAGAACUUUCAGCUGGAUAAAACAUGGAUCUGAGAUGGGCAA